AUGUCCGGAUUUUUCAAGCAGGCGUGGCAAUCGGUCACCGGCGGCCAGGACGAGGCGAACGGGGCGGUCGUCGCGACGCCCCCCGAGCCCGCCGCCAUUGACCAGGCUGCCAAGCCAGAUGCCAACGGAGACCUCGCCGCGCAGCCAAAGGCCGAGGUGGCGCCCGCCGCCGCCGCGGUUCCCGAUCCCCCGAGGGCCGAACAUGGGGUUGCCGACGAAACAGCGAUGAAAUCCGAUGAAAAGCCGGACUCGCCCGACGAGAUCGAGGGAGAUCGCGCCCCGGAUACGGUCAACGGCGGAUCCGGCGACGGAGACGACACCGUGGCCCCAGCCCCUGGAACUCCCAGUGAGGGCGAGAAGGACGGACGCAAGAUGCUGACCCCUCAGGACGCCGUCAACCCGGCGCUAGUGGGGCGAUGCAUCGACGUCCUCUGGCCGGAGGAUGGCACCUGGUGGAAGGCGAAGGUGAUCAACCUGAACCCUGUCACCGGCAUGGCCACCCUCUACUACGAGCCCAAGGAGAAGCAGGACGGCGGCGACGCUCCCAAGGAGGAGGGCGAGAAAAAGUCGGAUGCGGCCGACCCAGAUCCGAACGCUGUACGCCCGCCGAGCGAGCCCAAGGACGUGGAGAUGACCGACGCGACCGAGGAACCGGCUAAGGCGGAGGAUAAGAAGGACGGCGAGGGUGCCGGGGACGAGGAGGACGAGGAGGACGAGGAGGGUGAGGGCGAGAUCGAGGAGCUGGAUCUCCGCGAGGCUGCCGGGAACAACGAGGUGUGCUGGUCCGCGUCCGAAGUCGAGAAGAUGAAGCAGGAGUACGAGGCCAUCCUGAACGGCGGACCGAUCGCGCCCGCAGAUAAGGUGGCCGUCCCCUGCCCGCACUGCGACAAGCGCGCGUUCAAGUACCUUCGAUCCAUGGAGAAGCACGUCUGGAACGAGCACGGGGUGAAGCUGACCAGGGAGGAGAUGGACGCAUUCGAAAAGGCGCUCAGGGCUGGCCGCACCAUGGCGGGUCCCAUGCCCAGCCGCAGGAGGGCGCCCAUCGCGCUCCCCGAGAUCAUCACCAUCAACUACGACGAGAUGUACGACAUCCUCACCAUGGAAGAUGGAGAGACCCAGGACGACGAAGCCGUCAAGGCGCGGGCGAGGGAGCGCGUGCGCGUGGUCAAGGAGGCGAGCGAAAAGACACGCGCCGCGGGAGGACCCGAGGGCCAGCGCGCCACCCUGUGGGCAGCCGGAGAGCAAGACCUAUGCCACAUCUGCGGCGAGGCGGACCCGGAUUUCUGGAACAUCGAGAACGACUGUAUCGUCAUGUGCGACGGCUGCGACGUUCAGGUGCACCUCUCCUGCUACGGGCUCUCCGAGGUGCCCGAGGGCGAAUGGUUCUGCCAGGGCUGCAUCGACGGCAUCAAGGUUGGCAGGGAUAGGCCCGACGACGCGGGCAUGUGCGCGCUCUGCCCCGUGCCCGGCGGCGUGCUGAGCAGGGUGCAGCCUCCAAGCAGGUGGAACACCGCUUGGGGCGCGGACGGCACCCACGCGCAUCUCUGCUGCGCCGCCUCGCUCGGCGAGGUGAUUGUCACCCCGAGCACCACCUGCGCGCCCGUGAUUGACAUGCACAGGGUGAAGAACUCGCGCAUGAUCCUCAACUGCGGUCUGUGCAACCUCGCCGGAGGGUGCGUGCAGUGCAGCAUGAAGAACUGCUUCCAGGGCUUCCACCCGCUCUGCGCCCGAUCCGCGGGCCUGGUGCGCCUCUACCCGGAUAAGGAGGAUAUGCACUCCCCCCCAAUCUUCUUCUGCGCGGAGCACUCCGCCCCGGCGUUCGCGCAGAGGCGUUACAAGGCUGCGGGUAUGCAGCCCCCCGUCGGCAUGGGCGCCAGUUCCGGCAACCUCGCAGGCAUGGUCCAGGCGCCGUCGUCAAUUGGCCUCGCCGACAUCGGCGGUGGCCGCACCUACGACGCGAUGGACAACGAGGAGCGCAUGGCCAUGAACGCCGCCAUGAAGUCCGAGGGUGCCAAGGUGGAGCUGCGCAAGGCCAAAUUCGUCGCGAGGCUGUGGCACCGAUUCGUGCCCUUCCUGCCGCAGCCCACGGAUCCGGCUAAGCGCAUCGACAUGCACAAGCGAUCGGGUGCGUUCUGCAGGCGCGUCAUGACCCGCGCCAAAGUUCCCGAGAAGGAGCAGGAGCGAAUCGCCAAGAUGACCGACGCCGAGGGCGAAAAGGAGGUGGAGCAGGAGAUGGAGGCCGCGAGGAAGAAGGCCCACGGCGACGCCAAGAAGGGUUCGCACCUCAACGAGGGUUUGAGGCAGUACCAGCGAGAGGGUGUCGCAUGGCUCGCCGCACAGCAUGCAUCCGGCGCCGGAGGCGGUAUCCUCGGAGACGACAUGGGUCUGGGCAAGACGCUUCAGGUCUUGUCCUUCCUUCAGUACCUGCGCGAUGCCAAGGGAGAAUCUGGCCCGCACCUCGUGGUGUGCCCACUCUCCGUGCUGCCCACCUGGGUGACGGAGUCAAAGCGUUGGUGCCCGUCGCUCAGGGCGGUUGCGUUCCACGGCCCCGAGGCUGAGCGCAACAGGCUGAAGCAGGAGGUGCUCGUGCAGGGCACCUUCGACGUGCUCGUCACCACCUACGAGAUGCUCACCGCUGAGCAGAGCAUGCUCGCCAACAGGUUUCACUUCAGGUACAUGGUGCUCGACGAGGCGCAGAGGGUCAAGAACGACAGCUCACUCGUCUCUCAGGCGGUUCGCCGCAUCCGCACCACCGCGAGCCUCCUGCUCACCGGUACGCCCCUUCAGAACAACCUCCACGAGCUCCGAGCCCUCGUCUCGGUCCUCUUCCAGGAUGUCCUCGAGGCUGCCGGCGCGGAGAAGAUGGAGGUUGACGCCGACGCCGCCUUUGGGGAUGACAGCGCCGUGUCCGCCGCGCGAGCUCUCUUGCAGCCCCUCAUGCUCCGCCGCACCAAGGCCGCGGUGCUCGCCAAGGAUCUGCCCCCGAAGACCGAGACGGUCGUCAGGGUGCCCCUCUCCGAUGCGCAGAGGCAGUGGUAUAAGACCCUACUCGAGGGUGAGACGGGUCUGUUUGGAAAGCUCGCGUCGACCAACGCCACCUCCGAGAAGGGUGCGCUCGGCAAGGGCAUGUGCAUCGCCGAGGCGGCGGAGGAGGAGGCCAGGGUCGGUGGUCAGGAGUUCACCAAGCUGAGUAAUCUCCUCAUGCAGCUCAGGAAGGUGUGCUGCCACCCGUUCAUCUUUGGAGACGACGCCGCCAAGGCCAUCAUCGGCGCGAGCGGCGGCAACCGCGUCGAGGCGCUCAUCGAGGCGUCUGGCAAGCUCAAGGCGCUCGACGAGAUGCUCCCCCGCAUGCGCGCGGGUGGUCACAAGGUUCUCAUCUUCUCCCAGUUUACCAUGAUGCUCGACAUGCUCGAGGAGUUCUGCGAGGCUCGCGGCCACGCGCACCUCCGUCUCGACGGUAGCACCUCCCUCGCGAGGCGCAGGUAUGAGACUGCCCUCUUCAACAAGCCGGAUGGCAGGCAUUUCGUCUACCUCUGCUCCACGCGCGCGGGUGGUCUCGGUAUCAACUUGCAGUCCGCGGACACCGUCAUCUUGGCGGAUCCCGACUGGAACCCGACCUACGAUCAGCAGGCUCAGGAUCGCGCGCACCGCCUCGGGCAGAAGCGACCGGUGACGGUUAUUCGCAUGUGCCACGCCAACUCUGUCGAGGAGGGCAUCCUCGCGGUGGCUGCUCGCAAGGCUGGACUCGCCGCGGCGGUGCUCGCGGGCCUCGAGGCUGGUGCCGACGUCGAGGCUCUCGAUGCCGCCGCCGCUGCUGCGGGAGAGGAUCCCGCCGCAGCCGCGAAGCUUUCCUUCGCAGAGCUUCGCGAGAUCAUCAUGUCUGGAGCCAACGCGGCUGACCUCCCCGGUCCCCCUGAGAGGAAGACGACCCGCUCUUCCAAGACCCCAGCCAAGACACCCGCCAAGUCCACAGAAGAUGCGCAGGCGGAGGGUGCCGCGGCGCUCGCUAGGGCGGCGCAGAGCACCGGCAAGAAGGGGCACUACCAGUGGGAGGGCAUGGACUACACGUCCAGUGCCGCCAAGAGUAACAAGAAGGACAUCGCCGAUCUCUGGGUGGAGCAGCUCGGAGACACGCGCCGCAACCGCGUGUCCACCGUCGAAAUGGUCGACGCCGGAUUCGGCCUCGGCAUGCAGGCCGUGUCCAGGGCGUCGCUUCAGGAGGCGCGCGAGGCUGAGGACCGCGAACGCCGAGCGGCUGCGGCUCGCGAGUCUGCUCGACUCCGAGCGGCUGACAAGGCGUCGCGACACGAGACUGUUUGCUGCGAGUGCAAGGGCGACGAGGAGGGCGGGUGCAACAAGCCCCCUCCCGCGUUUCUCGCCCCGGAUGUCGCAGCCGAGCGUCUCCGAUGCCGCAACUGCCCGAGGACCAUGUCUCUCGGCUGCGCCAGGCUCGUGACCCGCCCCAGGAUGGGUUGGCAGUGCCCCCAGCACCACUGCAAGAGCUGCAACCGCACGGCGAGCGAGGCCGGCGGUUUGCUGUUCCGAUGCGUGGACUGCCCAACCGCGUUCUGCGCCGAGUGCAACGGCGAAACCCCUUUCGACGCCGUCGAGGGCAACCCUGAAUGGGAAGCUCUCGGGUUCUACCUGCCGAAGUCGUUCGAGUACGUGCGCUGCAACGACUGCGUCAUCGAGAAGGAGAUUCGGGACAGGGAGGAGAAGAAAAGGCGCGAAGCGGAGGAGCGGGAGAUGAGGAGGAACCCCAAGCUCGCCAAGCAGAAGAGGGAGGCUGAGGCCAAGGCUAAGGCUGAGGCUGAGCGAAAGGCAAAGGAGGCCGAGGAGCAGGCGCGCGCCGAGGCCGAGGCAAAGGCAAAGGCUGAGGAGGAGGCAAAGAAGCCCAAGCCCCCGCCCAAGCCCCGGGCUCCCGGGCAGCCCGUCAGGUGCGAGGUGUGCGCCCGCGCCAAGAAGGGUGGAUGCGGUACCGAGAAGGCGCACUCGAAGUGUCUCAAGCUCAAGCAGAACGGAGGCGACAUCGACAUCGUUAAGGCGGGGGUUGCCAAGGCUCCCGCCACCACAGCUCCUCCUGCCAAGCCUCCUCCCCCGUCCAACUCGAAGGACAAGAAGAGGAAACGUUGA